UGGCUGAAAGGGAGAGCGUGAUGACAGGCAGCUUCCUUGUUAGGGCUUCGGCAGACAAAAAUUCCUAUGCAUUGUCUGUGCGGUGUCUGGAAGCAGACGGCAGAACACCGUCUAUCCGACAUUACAAGAUACGUAAAUCGACUGAUGGGCAAGUAUACAUUGGAGUUAGAAAACUCUUCCCUGAUGUCAUCAAGCUUGUGGAACAUUAUCAGAAGAAGGAAGAUGGUCUGGUGUGCCGACUCACCCAACCCUGUCCCAGGACAGCCCCGGUCACCCAUCUCCGCAGUAUGGAGGUGAGCCGAGAGAACAUCCGCAUGUCAGAGAAGCUUGGUGCAGGAUACUUCGGGGAAGUGUGGAAAGGAAAGCUCGAGGAAACUUGACAUUGCCAUCAAGAUGUUAAAGCCUGGGAGAAUGACUGUGAAAGAAUUUAUCCGUAAAGAGGCGAGGACAAUGAACAAGUUACGUCAUGUUCGUCUGGUCCAGCUUCUAGCUGUGUGUACAAACUGUGAACCUGUGCUGCUCAUCACAGAGUACAUGGCUCAUGGAUCUCUACUGGAAUUCCUCAGGAGAGAAAGGCGUUCCAAGCUGGAUCAUACCAUGAUGCUCAAUAUGACACGGCAGGUAGCAGAAGGAAUGGCGUUUCUAGAAUCUCGCAACUUCAUCCACCGUGACCUCCGUGCUGGCAACAUCCUGGUUGGGGAACAUCACGAUGUCAAGGUCGCUGACUUCGGACUGGCAAGGGUAGUUGAUGAUGGCCAGUAUGUUGCAGGAGGUACGCGGUUCCCGAUCAAGUGGACUGCUCCUGAGGGAGUGUUGUUCAGCAAGUUCAGCAUCAAGUCGGACGUGUGGUCCUUUGGUAUUCUCAUGUAUGAGAUUGCAACAUCGGGGAAGGAACCGUAUGCAGGUAUGAGAGCAUCUGAAGCUGUGGAUGAGAUCCAGAGAGGAUACCGACUUCCCAAGCCACAAGAACACUGGCUUCCUGAGCAGAUCGACCCGUACUAUAUGAUCAUGCAACAAUGCUGGAAGUAUGACCCAGUAACAAGGCCCUCCUUCUUCCAUGUACACUCUGUGUUCGAGGACUUCAGGGUCCAGAUGGAGAGAGACUAUGGAGAUGUGUAAGGAUUCUGUAAGGAUUCUGUAAGGAUUCAGGGGCUAAGCUGGGGCCGUAGCUGCAUGUUGAGAAAAGAUGAGGUGACAACAUGUGUGAAAGCACUGGAGACAAAUGUUCAAGAGAGCUAGCUUCAAUACAAUGUGGGAUACUAGAUCUGAAUGUGUUUCUGUAAACUUGGUGUUACAUGUGUGGAAGUAUUGACCUCAUCAGCCAACACAACAGGAUGUGAGAUAUGGCUGUGCCUCUGGUAUUUCUGUUGGACACGGACCAAAGGACCAGCAUUCAAAUCAAGUCCACCUUCACUGACACCAUGACACCAGCUUGAAAGAUGUGAUGGAGAUGGUGAUAUUGAUGUUGAUGGUGAUGUAGGCCGUGAUGGAGAUUAAGAUGGUGUAUUUAUGUUAACUCAACAUGGGGAACAAAUCUCCAACAAAGAUGAGUUACCCUUCAGCAAGCCAGUUCUUCUGCUUCAUAAUAGGAUACCAACUGUGAAUUUCUUCAAGUGAUCCAUUUUGGAUGUAUAAAGUGGCUUCUUAAAACCUUUUCAAUCAGUGUUCCAAGGUACAAAACACCUCUGGGUGAUUCUCUACAGUCAUAUCCCGUGAUAUCCACAGGGAUUAACAUGUGGUGAAAUUUGAACUUUGAUCUGUAGUCAUUUGUGUCAUACCUGAUUAAUGUUGACUCAGACAUGUGAACAUGUGAUAUCUGUUUUUACUUGUGAUAUCAAUUAGCAGCAUGAUAUCUGAGAUAAUAGAACCACAGUGACCAUGGUAUUAAAACUGCGAUAUCAUGUUACAUCAUAGCUUUUAUUACCUAAGAUAUGAGCAAGUACUUCCAUGAUAUCACAUAGGCUUGUGAUAUCCAUGAUAUCUGUACAUAACUUACAUCAAUGUCAUUCAGUAAUUAUGUUAAAAGGUGUACUUUCAGUCAGUAGUUAUUGACUCACAGGAUAUUAAUAUUCAUAUUUCUCAUUGAUCAUCAUGAAAGUGACUAAUGGACCUCAGUGACACAUACAGACUGACUGGACAUUCACUUCUCAGAAGACAUUUUGGCGACUGACACAUUCUUCGGGAGACUGCUGAAUGGCGAUGUGGUGUUGUGACCUUGUGUGCAGGCUGACCGGGAAAUGCUGUUCAGUGAAGACAAGGAAGAAAAUAACUCACUCUUGACUGUGGAAUGUGUGUGAACAUACUAAGCAGAUGGGCACUAUUCAGAACAUUAACCAAUAAUGCUCUGAUCUGGCCGGUAAUGAAGAGGCCAAAUGAGAUAUAAAUGUUAUGAACUGAUACACAAUAGAAACCAACUG